AUGCACUGCACCCCUCACGUAACGCCCUGCCGCCCUGCUCUGUGUUCCCAACGUGUGGUGAAAAAAAAUUCCCCCGCUGUGCAGAGACCCACCAUUGGACCGAUUGGCAACAUAUCUGCCACCAAGGCAGAUAUGUUUGCCAGCGUUUCUUGGCAGCGCGCCGAAGUUGCUGAAGGCGGUGGUGAGGGAUCUUCCAGAGGAGUCACAGAGACUCCGUCAACCGCGCAGAGUGCGCCCGGGAAACGUCAACGCGUGGGUGUAAAAUACAUCCAGCAGCGUCUAUGGGGCGCGCCGCCACCACGCACAUCUGCAUCUCCUCCCAAAACGGCGGAGCGUGAGGAGGAAGCAGAUGAGAACACGGCGGAAGAGGCAUCGUUCGAUGUCAUCAAGCACCGAUUCGACACCGAAUGGUCCGGGAAGUUUUCGUGGCUGCGUCUCGUGCGCAAAAAGGACGGGCGGCCGGGGCUUAAAUGCGACAUCUGCAUCAAGUAUGGUGACCCUGCUGCGCACACCAGCUACGGCGUGAGGGGUGAGGGCGCACGAGAUCUGCAGAUCGGUAGCAUCCGGACGCACGUUUCGACCCGAGCUCACAAGCAAGCGGUGAAAGAGCAAGAAAGCGCGGAGGCGGACAAGCAGAGGCAGGUCACAUUGAUGCGGUGGCAGACGACAGACACCGCCACACGCCAUAUCAUCCGCAUACUCCACAUCGCCUUAUUUAUCUGUAAGGCUGACGCCCCUAUUGCCAUGUUUGUGCCGCUGUGUUGGGAGGCGCUUGCCGCCAAGGACGCAGCUGAAGCGGUCCCGGAGUUGAGCAUGGUGGACGAGGUGGUCCGCGCAUUCUCAAACAUACUUGGGCAAAGUGGUGUCAAGUACCAAAAGUUCCAGAAUCUGCAGCAGGUGUUUUGCAAGACUAACCUCGAGGCGCAAGGUAUUUUCGACGCGCGCUGGUUGUCACGAGGGGAGGCACUGGAGCGCCUGCUGGACGUGUUACCUGCUGCUAUUGUCUUGCUGAAGGAGUACCGCUAG